AUGGCCGGACGCGUUGGAAAUGAUGAUGAAGAACAACGUGUGAUAAACCGUAUUCGAGCAAAUGUCUAUCGAGAAGCAAUGGAAAAAGGUGCAGCGUUUAUCAAUCGAAAAUGGAUCGCUCAAAAACUGCAUCAUACUGAAAGAUGGGUUACGGACAACUGGAAAAAGGAUACGAACACUGCUUUACGAGAUUUGGCAAUGAAAGAUCGACAAAAUUAUCUGAAGAAAGCAAAAAUAUUGUGA